AUGCUUUCAUCUGGGGUGGAAUCUCUCCUUGAUUCUUUGGGGUCUGCUGGAAUAGAGGAGGGGUACCCUGGGCUGCCCAUGAGCAUCUCCACGGAACUUAUGGCUGUGUCAGAGCCUAAGGUUGGGUUAAGUGCAAAGUCUGGUGUGUCAGUGCCUGUGCUGGCACACAGCAGCGGUCUGUCAGUGGAGCAUCGCGCGACACCAAGAGUAGAGAACUUCAGCCAGGAUUUGCGUGAUGUGCUCCAGGUGAUUUCUCAUGGGCCAGCAGAAUCCCUUGGUGAAGAAUUAGUGAAGUCUGGAGACCUUGAAGAGGAUGAAAAAAGCAAAAAAAGGAACUUCAGGGGGCUAGACUUCUCUAGUGAGGGAUACCAGAGAGGUGGUGAAGAGGCACAAGAUGCUGAGGAGUAUCAUACUGAAUGCCACACUCGAGCUGCUGGGCGAAGCUUGGCAAAACAAGAGGACCCUCACUUAAACCAGCAUGAAUUUAAGUCUUUGGGAACCUGUUGCACAGAAGGAGUGGGAUCUCUGAAGAACACAGGAGAAAACCAAGCACGUGUUCAGAUGACAGCUGAAACUCUGCCAAAGCUCACUGAAGAAGUACAAGGUAUGAAGGCUGUUGGGACUAGGAUAUUUAGUAAAGCAGGAUACAGGAAUGACAGAGUGAGUAAAGGUCUUCCACCUUUGUGGCCAGAAGUCAUGGCCACAGCUGGGGUUUCAGAAACCAUCUUGUUAGAUUUUUCAGAGCCUUUGAAAGUCAUGGACAUUGAAUCAGCCACAGAGCAUCCACAAGAAACAAAUGAGUACAGUGGGUUGAAAUCCCAUACUGGCGUGCCAUUGGGAACAGGGGGUAACGUUGCAUCUGGUUUGGAGACUAGAGAAGAAGAGUUAUCCGGAGGAAAUCCUGAUAAUGAGUGCAGUAUAUCACUUGCUAAUUGCCAGACUUAUCAGCAGGGUGAAGAAAACAAUGCUCAUGACUUCUGCACAGGUCCUCAUAGGUUGCCAUCACUAGAAAGCUGUAGAACAUUCUCCACAAAAAAUUCCAAAGUUUUAUGUUUGGUUCUGAAAAGCAUCUGUCCUCAGGACUUCAGAAAUACACCACUAGAAAACAGUAGUACUGCAGCCCAUGGAAUUAGCAAUGAACCCCCCCAAAACAUGGAAACUCAGACUCACUAUGAUCAUGGAACUGGGUUUGGAGAAAAUCGAACCUCCACAUCUGUACCAACAGAGCAGAUCUCGGUGGUAAGGAGAAAAGAAUUAUCUAGCACUAAAUCUGAUACUAGGGAAGGAAUUGCUAGUGUAGGUAAAUCCUACAGCUCUGAAUUUGAAGAGGCAGCUGAAGGCUGGAGAAAAAUUGCUGUAGGACGUAAUGUUGACAUUUGUAGCUGUCCUGAAGGUCAAGAGGGUGCUAAUUCUGAGCAUUGUCAUUCUUCAGUUUUUAGUUCUGUUGCUUCAUCUCCUGAGGAGUUCUCAAAAGAAAGACUUAAAAUUGCCCCAUCAGAUGGUGAUAAGUUGAACAAGGACCAGUGGCAGUUCUUUGUCAGUGAUCUAUGCAAGGAUGAUAUGAAAGAAAAUAGCAUAUUGAUGGAAAGGAGCAACACUGCUUCCCAUGAAAUUGGACAGACAGACAUAUGCUUUUAUAAUCCCUCCAGUAAAAUUUCUCCUCCCAGUAGGCACAGCUGUCUGGAUAUUAGUACGAAGCUAGAAAAAGGUUCAUCUGAGGCACAACCACUUGAAAAGGAAUGUGAGAGUAAUACAACAGCAGAAGAGUUGCCUGGCAGUUUAGUUGAAGGUACAGAAGCUAAUAGUAAUGACAGUUUCUCCAGUGGCAAAGAAACUAAUUUGAUUUAUACACUAAAUGUAACUCUACCUCCUGUUCCACAAAAAUCAAGAGAACCUCAUCAUAAUGAGUGUCUUCCUUGUACUGCUAAUGAAUUUUCAAGCAGGGACAAGGCUCAUGAUAAUCUAUCUGGAAAAGAAUUAAUUGGUGCUUCUGGAGCAACAGGGGAGCAAGUCACUAAAACUGCGCUUGAUAAAGACAAUUUCAAGUCUUCAGUAAGUUCCAGGACUUCUGAGAACCCUAAUGUGACAAGCAAAAUUUCCCAAAAGAACAUGAAGUCUUCAGUGGGAAAUACACAGAGCGUGGUCACUAGUUUAGAAAAUGAACAUAGUGACAUGUGGAAUUGUAAUAAUCAGAGUAUGAAAGACCAGUGUACAGCUGCCAGUACUUCCUGUGUUUUAUCAGAGAGUACACCUGGAGAUGAUGUUCUCCUGAACAGUCAUUCCCUUAAUGUUGAGGUCAAUAAGAAGAUUGAGGAAAAUGAUAAUUUGGAAGGAGAAGCUUCAGCUUCAAAGGCACUCAUCUUUCCAAAAGCGCACUUCCCUUUGGCAUGUGAGUCUCUUCCUUGUGAAGAUGUCUGGGGCAACAGAGGGGUAGAUCUGUAUGGGAUAAAUGACAUUUCCACAGCAAAGUACACAUUUUGCUCAGCUUACACUGCAGAGAAGUCUGUUGCUACCUUGGUAAGAAAUGAGGUUCCAAAUAAGAAUAUGGAGGUUUUGAAACAAUUUGAUCUUUGUAAAGUAACAGAUGGCAGUGAAAUUGUUUGUGGCAGAGAUGAGGCAAAAGAACAAAUCGGCGUGUGUGCUCUCCAGACAGAUGAAUUUGAUAGAAUAAGAACUGUGGAUUCUUCAAAGGCUCCUAAAGGCGAUCAGAGAAAUAAAACUAGUGAACAGCUGUUAUUCAGAUAUUUGAACAAAAAACCCUUUGUUCAUAAUUUUGGAUUUUGCAACUCUCCAUUAGGCCCAAAGAAGAGAGAACUGGGCGUGUGUGAAGAGGAAGAAGUGUCAUCGCUCACAGCUAAUCCCUCCAAGUACAGCGCUUCAGUCUGUGGGACGUGUCCAAUACUCAGCAACAGGAAUAUUCAAGCAGAGAAGACCUUUCAUCCAAUGGAAGAUCAGUGUCUUGCAUGUCAGAGUGAGUUUGAUGGCCCGAUUCCAGGCAGCAAGCAACAUUUAGAAAGUUUAACUAAACCACCAAACCCUGGCUUACAAACUAUGGCUAGUUCUGUGGAAGAAACCAAAAUAUCAAUUGACUCUAGUCAGAGUAAAGAGAUAAUGUUAAAAACAGGUGACGACCUGCCUCCAGUAGCCCAUAAGCAUGCAAGAGAAGACAGUUUUCAAGGAACUCUGAAAGAGACUGUGAUGGAUUUGGACUCUUUAAAUGAUGAGAGGAAUGAACACCAUUCAGGAGACAUGAGCUUCAUCAGUGAUCUAACUGAAGAGAAGACAAUCAAACAAAAAGAACACAAGAACAGAUGUGAAAGAGAAGAUACUGGAAGUCUUGAACAAAGCUUUUCUGAUAGCAAAUCACACUGUGAGGGGCAUAGCAUGCUAAGUGUAAAAGACAUGGAUGUGAUCCAACCAAAAAGUACUCACUGUGGAGAGAAGUUUAAGAAUACAUAUGUAGAGGAGAAGAUAGGAAGAGAAGUAGCCUCUAAAAAGAACUUGCCCACAGAUUCUUUUCUUGAUGGAGAAGAUUGUCCAUGGGCCUUUUCAGAAGAUUCAAAAAAGCCUGGUAGCAAAACAGUCCCUCUCAGUACUGAGAAUUAUGGAAAGGUUUUGGAAGAAAACCCAAGAUCUAAUUUAAAUAAUCUUUCAAAAGAAAGAAAAAGUGAUACAAAGCUGACAAACUUAGCAGGUACCAGUCUCCUUUCAGAAACUCUGUGUGAUUGUCAAGCUGAAGCUGCGUCUGAUGCAGAAACUUCACCAGAAUUGCAGUGUAGUACAACACCCCCAUUUUAUCCACCUAUGAUUAUACUAUCAAACAGUUGCAAAGAAUUGCUCCCAAACUGUGUGGUUUGCAAUGAAGUAUGUGUGCCUUACAAAUUAAAUGCACAAAGCAAAGAUAAUGUAAAUUUGAUUAUAGAAGGCCAGGACACUACACCAACUCAUUCAGUUUGCAAGGAAAAUGAGGGUUCAGGUUCAGAGAGACUUGAUCAGAUAGAGAAAUGUCAGGUACCGAAACGAAAGAAAAAGUGUAAGAAGAUGAAAGAACAUCUGUCAGACAAUGCACAACAAGAACUGAAGUCAGAGUAUCAAGAGAAAGCAAAAAUCACCCUGCGACCAAGUAUGUUGCACAGUUCUGAACUCCUAUGCAGCUCUUCACAUGAGUUGGUGACAUCAAGAAAUACAAAGUUUGAAGGUACUUCAGAGGAGAUUUUUGCUGUUGGAAGCAGUGAACAUAAACUAUGUAGCACUUUACAAGAAGUCAAAAGGCCAAAGAUUACCACAGAUGUUAUUAGUUCACAGUUUUUGAAGACUCAGGAUUCAGAAAUGCAAAACCUGAACCUUAAUUUAGGGUAUGAUGGAAUCCCUGGUGCCUUUGGAACUACAAAUAAGCAAAGAGAACCUCUUCCAUUAAAGAGACAGCCUGGAAGGACAUGCAAAAAAGUUCCCACAUCAUAUCAGCCAGAAGUCGUAAGAAAAAGCAAAAAAAAUAGAAGUUCACCUUUUUUUGAGAUUCCCCCAGAAAUACUCCCUAAACAGGAAAACACACUUCUCAAGUCUUGGUACUUUCCAUGUAAACCACCAGCACUGGGUUCAGAAGCAGCCAUGAGGUGUGUGCAUAUGACAAGGCAGAGGGCCAAGAGGUACAGUUUGUUGAACAGCUUGAGACUUAGAAAAUGUACCAAAGAACCAGCACUGUUGAGCAAGCUGUCUGCCAUGGCCAGCCAGCUCCUGGCUCCUGCCGAGAGCAGCCAUAAGGUAGAACCUCUGUCACAUUCUGCUGAACUUCUUCCAGUCGGUGAGAGGUACAGCCAACGUAGGUAUAAGAAUCUAUUGGAAGCCUUUUCUUGCAUUAACAGGAACUUACACUCACGCUGGGCUGACAGUUGGUGCACCAAGAUGUUUAGCUUUCAGCCUUUGGCACUUUAUCCUGUAGAAUCUACCAAAAUACUUUUUUCAGACUUGAGCCACAAGCCUCCAACCUCUUUCUUGGAUACCACAGUUUUCCCAAUUUCUUUUCACAUAAAAUUGGACUCUAGUCCUGUGACAGACCUCACAGGGAUGACAUCCCAGCACUCUGUACAUCAUGGACCAGUUUUGGGAGAAAUGCCAGCACCGCCUUCACAGUGGACUUUCUCUUUUCUCCUGUCUCAGAGCUGUUCAGAUACAACAGCUUUCAAAGAAGAUUCCAGUCCAAAUAAUGAACUGCAUUCCUCUCUCUCUCUAACAACCCCAGGGGCUGUUGUCCUUCAUCGUGACCGGCGAAGAAAUGCCAUAGCUGAAAGAAGAGGCGGUUGCUCCAUGGCUGGCCUUCACACAGUGUUAGCAAUUUCUUCCCCUGGAUGCUACAGGAUUUGGACGAGAAGAAGAAACUUAACUAGUCAUAUUCCUACCAUCCAGAGACUAUUUAUAUCGCAGUUCACACAGGGUUUGAAAGGGGCAAGGUAUCCACCUUCUGUAUCAGAUGACCGCGUCUCUUCAUUGCCAUACUCACUGGGCAGGGUACUAUCCAUAUGGAGUCAGCAUCGUCCUUCUGCCUGGCCUUCCGAAAUCACUCCUCUCCAUUCCAAUGACUGCAAGUGGCAGCCAAGUGUGGGCAUCACAAACAGCUAUGCCAUCACACCGCACUUACCUAUACAGAGUAUGAAAGCACUACAGGCUGAAGGUCAUGAGAUGUGUCUGGAAACUUCAUUCCCUCUUCUGUUACCAAAGCCUUGCUCACGUCUGGAAUCAUCGCCAUCUCUCCCCAGGCUUUCAGCAUCUGGACUCCAGGCCCACGCCCUUGAUGAAGGUGAUAUUUCUGUUCCAGCCUGUCUUAGAUCCCAGGAUGACAAAGAACUGGAAAAAACUGAGCCAGAAAAGAGGCCAAAGAAAGUCUCACAAAUCCCAAUCAGGAAAACUGUUCCUAAGCCAGACCCUAACCUUACUCCAAUGGGACUACCCAAACCAAAAAGGCUUAAGAAGAAAGAAUUUAGUUUAGAAGAAAUUUACACAAACAAGAACUACAAGUCCCCUCCUCCAGCCAGGAGCUUGGAAACAAUCUUUGAAGAGCCCAAGGAGAAAAAUGGAUGCUUGAUCGCUGUCAGCCAGCAGAAGAGGAAGCGGAUUCUGGAGUUUCAGGACUUUACUCUUCCUCGGAAAAGGAAGAGACGAGGCAAAAUCAAAGCAGUGGGUAGUUUCACCCGGGCAAAAAAAGCUGCACUCCAGAGUGCAGAGUUAGAUGCUCUUCUGAGUCAGAAGCUAAUGGACCUUGACGCCUUCUUUGCAAACGAGGCUGAGCAAGAGCAGGCCUCUGAGGGAGCCAUUUAGCUGAAAAUGGUCCAGUCAGCUUGUUUAGUAUUUUAGUCCUUUUGGGAGAAACCUACUGACUUCUUCAUACGUUACUCUGCCACUCUGCUCUAAUAUCUGAUGAGCUGGUUUUGGCUGUGGCCCUCUUUAAGGUGCU